AAGCCAACAUACAACCGGAACCUUUACGUUUUUUUAGACCGUUUCGGGGAGUUAAAAAUACAUGUAUGUUGUAUCCACUAGUUACCCCUUAAUUUUCAUGUCUACAUUUGUAUUAGUCAACUAGCUGUCUGGUUAAGUUAGCAGUAGCCUAGUCGCUAAUGAUAUUUAGCUAACGUUACCUCGCUAACAACCCUGACCAUGAGCUCACUAACAUACUCCCCCCCUGUUGAAGAAGAAGAUGUCUGUCGGACAGAGAAGGAAGAUGAGGCUGUUACAGUGAAAGAAGAAGACGUUUUUGUGAAAGAGGAGGAGGAUGUUACUGUGAAAGAAGAGGAGGAAGAUAAAAAUGACGAUGCUGUGUUGGGCGUGAAAGAGGAAGAGGAGGAGAUGACUAUCACAGUGAAAGAAGAGGAAGACGUUUUUGAGGUGAAGGAGGGGGAGAUUACUGUCACAUUGGAGGAGGAAGAGGAGGAGGUUGGAGAUCUGAUUAACACCCCAGGUGAAAGACCAGACUCUCACAACAGGAAGAGUCCUUCAGACCCAGAGAAGACCAAACCCUCAAAACCACACCACUGCUCCCAGUGUGGAAAGAGUUUUACCUGGUUAGGGAAUCUGAAAUCACAUAAGCGCACACACACAGGAGAUAAGCCUUUCAACUGCUCCCAGUGCGGAAAAAGUUUUACCCAGUUAGGGAACUUGAAAUCACAUGAGAUGACACACACAGGAGAGAAACCUAUCCACUGCUCCAAGUGUGGAAAGGGGUUUAGACAUGCAGGGAACCUGAAAGUGCAUGAAAGACGACACACUGGAGAAAAGCCAUAUAAAUGCUCACAGUGUGAAAUAAAAUGUUCCUCAUCCGGGGACCUGAGAAAACAUGAGAGAACACACUCUAUAAAGAGGUCUUUCCAAUGCUCUCAGUGUGGAAAGAGUUUUACCCAGUUAGGGAAUCUACAAAAGCAUGAGAUAACGCACACAGGGAAGAAGCCCUACCAUUGCUCAGACUGUGGAAAGAGAUUUACCCAGAUAGGGGACUUGAAAUCACAUGAACUGACACACACAGGAGAUAAGCCUUUCCAAUGCUCCCAGUGUGGAAAAAGUUUCCCCCGGUUAGGGAACUUGAAAAUGCACGAGAGAAUACACACAGGAGAGAAGCCUUUCCAUUGCUUCCUGUGUGGAAAUAGUUUUACAGAGUUAGGGACGCUGAAAAAGCAUGAGAGGACACACACAGGUGAGAAGCCUUUCCAAUGUUCCCAAUGUGGAAAGCGUUUUACCCAGUUAGCAAACAUGAAAAGGCAUGAAGGAACACACACUGUAGAGAAGCCAUAUCAAUGUUCCCAGUGUGAAAAUACAUUUUUCUCAUCAGGGGACCUGAAAACGCAUGAGAUGACACACUCAGUAGAGAGGCCUUUCCAAUGCUCUCAGUGUGGAAAGAGUUUUACCCUGUUAGGGAAUCUACAAACGCAUGAAAGAACACACACAGGAGCGAAGCCCUACUGCUGCUCAGACUGUGGAAAGAGUUUUACCUGGUUAGGGAAUCUGAAGUCACAUGAGCGCACACACACAGGAGAUAAACCUUUCCACUGCUCCCAGUGCGGAAAAGGUUUUACCCAGUUAGGGAACUUGAAGACUCAUGAAAUGACACACACAGGAGAGAAGCCUUUCCACUGCUCCCAGUGUGGAAAGGGGUUUAGACACGCAGGGAACCUGAAAGUGCAUGAAAGAAUACACACUGGGGAGAAGCCAUAUCAAUGCUCCCAGUGUGAAAUGAGAUUUUUCUCAUCAGGGGACCUGAAAAAACACGAGAGAACACACUCGGUAGAUAGGCCUUUCCAAUGCUCCCAUUGUGGAAAGAGUUUUACCCAGUUAAGGAAUCUACAAUCACAUGAGAGAAUGCACACAGGGGAGAAGCCCCACCACUGCUCAGACUGUGGAAAAAGAUUUACCCAGAUUGGGGACCUGAAAUCACAUGAGCUGACACACACAGGAGAUAAGCCUUUCCAUUGCUCCCUGUGUGGAAAAAGUUUUCCCCGGUUAGGGAACUUGAAAAUGCAUAAGAGAAUACACACAGGAGAGAAGCCUUUCCACUGCUUCCUGUGCGGAAAGAGUUUUACAGAGUUAGGGACACUUAAAAAGCAUGAGAGGACACACACAGGAGAGAAGCCUUUCCAAUGCUCCCAAUGUGAAAAGCGUUUUACCCAGUUAGCGAACAUGAAAAGGCAUGAAGGAACUCACACUGGAGAGAAGCCAUAUCGAUGCCCCCAGUGUGAAAAUACAUUUUCCUCAUUAGGGGACCUGAAAGCACAUGAGAGAACACACUUAGUAGAAAGGCCUUCCCAAUGCUCUCAGUGUGGAAAAAGUUUUCCCCGGUUAGGGAACUUGAAAAUGCAUGAGAGAAUGCACACAGGAGAGAAGCCUUUCCAAUGCUCCCACUGUGGAAUUUUUUUUGCCCGGUCAGGGACAUUGAAAAUGCAUGAGAGAUUACACACAGGAGAGAAGCCUUUCCAAUGCUCCCUGUGUGGAAAGAGUUUUACAGAGUUAGGGACACUGAAAAAGCACGAGAGGACACACACAGGAGAUAAGCCUUUCCAAUGCUCCCAAUGUGGAAAGAGUUUUACCCAGUUAGCAAACAUGAAAAGGCAUGAAGGAACACACACAGGAUAGAAGCCUUUCCAAUAAUGUCAUUGUGGGAAAACAUUUUCCCGGUCAGAGGACCUGAAAUCACAUGAGAGAAUAGCGAGGCUGUGGUUCUGACUUAUAUUUUUGACUAAUAAGUUGUGCUUUGGUUUAUGCAACAUCAAAUCAUAUUGUAUGUAUGAAAGCUUCCUCUAAAAUAGGCCUACCUUUUUGUUUUUGUUUAUUCUUCUCAAGUCAUGAUCACAUCUAAAAUCAGAAUAUAUAUUUUUGUAUGUGUAUUUUGAUUAUGAAUUUUGAUUGAUUGAAUACAAGUCUAGUGUUGGAUAUUGGUAUUUCAAAAUGUAAUUUAUUUAAUAGAGCAAUAGAAUGUGCAUUUCUUGAUUCUAACCUUGAAACCUCUUGAAUUGGAUAUGAUUUGGAUAUGAUUUGGAUAUUACUAAAUAAAUUUGAUUGGAUAUA